ACAUUAACGUGGUGACGUCACGCUUGACUACAGCACAUGUUACAGGACAUUCUCAGGUUAUAACAUGGCGUCUUUAGCAGUAAUUUGUGGCGGUUUUAUAGCUUUAGUUUUGUUCAUUUUUCAGACGAUUGGGGUAGCAACACAUCACUGGUAUGUAGUUGAAUUAUUGGCUGGGACAAGCAAAAUUACCAUCGGUCUUUUUAAGAUAUGUGUUGAAAGCAGUCUCCUCGACAUCAACCUGUGCUACACAUACAGUGACUAUUCCACCACACAGGAUCUUUUGAAUAUUCACUACUAUGCGAUUGGGGGACUAAGUGUCAUUGGCUGUAUCCUCCUCUUCACCACUAUGAUCGUCGCAAUCGUCGGCUGUGCCAGCACAAGACCAGGACGUCCGACUGUCCAAAACCUGUCUGGUAUCUGGUUUUGUUCUUCUGGAUGUACUAUUGCCGCUGUCGUCUGGUUUUACGUCACCCAAUACAACAACUCGAAGACACUGCUGUCCUUGACCUCUCUUGUGGAGGUCAGUCUUGGCUAUUCCUUCUACCUUGUGGCUAUAGCUGGCGCAGGCACACUUAUUGCCGCCAUUACUUUGUGCGUUGUCGCAAAUAACAUGGAUGUUCCUCAGACCGCUGUUGCCCCUGUUGUAGCCCAAGCGGGACCACAGGUUAUUGUGAUGCACACGGGAGUUCAACAGCAGGGUCCUGCUGGCUAUCCACAGCCUGGCUACACUCAACCGGGAUAUACACAGCCGGGUUAUGCACCACAGGGAUACGGUUAUGCGGGGUAACCAACUGCCAACCCACCGCUUACACUGAUGGGAAUAUUUGUUUAAAUCCUAACUUCCGUCCAAUAGUUGCUUGAAUAAAUGUUCGAAUAUAUGGAACUUUCAAGUGUUGUAAAAUUAUAUUUAGAGAUUUUUGCGUUCAGACUCUUCAUGUAUUUUCAUGUUUUCAAUAAUUACUGCACUCUUCCAAUCAAGUAUAAGAAACGUUUACGGAUGCUUAUAAUGAUAAAAAAUCAAUGAAAUUGUCAUAUGCAAGAAAAUUUCAACUUUUAGAGUACGUUUUGAUUGCAGAAUAUGAUCGUCAGAACAAAUGCUUAUGUACGUUACAUGUUUACAUAUUUUCCUCCUACCAAAACCGGUAGAUAAACGAGGCAAUUUAUUUUCUAUGAAUAAUUAUAUUAUCUACAAACAAAUUUAGCAUGGUUAUUUUAAAUUUAUAACGAGGACAUCUCGCCAGUUUUGGAUUGUUUUCUAAAAUGUACGGUUUUGAUCCAUAUAGGUUCUCUAAAUUAUAUCGAACUGUUCUCAAACAUUUUUUGAUGUGCAUUGUAAACACUGACAUGUUAUGUUCCUCAUAGCUGGUAUCUACACCAGCCAUAUGAAAAUAUUUCAUUUCAAUAGUGGAUACCCACGGUAAGGAAAAACUUUAUCUAAAUGUAGACUCUUAAAGCGACUGUAACUGUGUAUUCAUUAAAAAGGAUUUCUUCCUAUAAAGGUAAAAUUCGGAGAAUAAGAUAUAGUGAUACACCAGUCUAUACAACAUAAAAUACUAUUGAAUUGUUAUGUGUGUGUGAACUGUUUUUAUGUAUUUACAAAACACGGUUGCGAAUACUUUAAGUUUUUUCAAUCAAGAGAAAGUCUUAGUUUCAAGGAUAUUUGAAAAAAAUAUAUUAAGUCUGAUAAUUUUUUGAACAGUGUUUUUUACAGCUAGAGUCGCUUUUAUAUAUUGUUCCAGUCGGUGAUGUAUUUGGUUCAAAUUUAUAUCGAGUAUGCGGCAGUUUGUAAUCUAUGUUUUUUUUAAUAUUGUUUUAUUGUAUACUGUGAUAUAUUUUCAUUAAAUAUUAACAUUGAUA